AUGCCUUCCGUGCCUACGCCGACUAAGGCCGGUAUCGUCGAGUCAAAUUCUGGAGAACGGCACAUCCCAUCAUCCGUACGGGCGGAUGGGACGGAGCGUAGAGAGAUUAAAAUUCGACCGGGUUACAAGCCGCCAGAGGAUGUUGAAGUAUACAAGAACCGUUACGCAAAUGCAUUUCAAACUCGUGGCAGUGGUGGAAUCCCAGGUGCGGAUGGGUUGAAGGAUGAAAAAGCGGAAGGGUCGGCUGCAAGCAAUAAAAACGCAAAGAGAAGAGAGGCUAGGAAGAAGGCGAAAGCUGCGGAAGAAGCUAAUGGAGGAAGUGCAAACGAAACUUCCAAGGAGGCAGCAGAGAAACCUGCCACGGAAGAAGUUGAUCUUGAGGCAGAGCGCGAGAAGAAAGCUAGAAACUUGAGGAAGAAACUCAAGCAGGCUAAAGAUCUGAAAGAGAAGAAGGAAGGAGGAGGCGCGUUAUUACCGGAACAAUUUGCAAAAGUCAUCAAGAUCAAUGAGUUGAUUCGAGAGCUUGAAGCUCUUGGCUUCGACUCGGAUGGGGAGCCAAAGCAAGACAAAGAGAAGGAAGUUUCAUAA